AUGAGAUUCCAGUUGGUUGGUGGAAAGGAUAAAGAGUACGUUCGUUAUGAGAUAGAAGUUGUGAACCAGUUCUUCCCAGUUGAUGUUUGGACGGACUACAAAGAUACGUUAUUGGGAAAUGUUGGCAUGAUUUUUCAACUUAUUGGACUUUUUGAAAACUUGGUCUUAAUUGCUCUAUGUUCUUCUCUUGGAAAACAUCUUUUUUCAUUUUUAUUUUCCUACAACUUGGAGAAAGAAAUUUUAGACCGUUAUCUUGAAGCUGUUCUGAAGGGAAACAAGGAUGGGUUGAAGAAACUACGGUUGCGGAUAGAGGAUCCACCGCGAAGAAAGCAUAUGGUGUACCUUGGAGGAGCAGUCCUUGCAGGAAUUAUGAAGGAUGCACCGGAGUUUUGGAUUAGCAGAGAAGAUUACCUGGAAGAGGUAAUUGCAUGUCUAAGCAAGUGUGGCCAAGCAUGAAUUUUUGGCUAGGAGAGUGUUAGCAUUUAAGUCUUCCAAGAGUU